AUGGAUUCUCGUGGUUCUUCUGAUCAGGAAGAUGAACGGAUCGUCCAAGUUAGACAAGCUCUGAUGUGCCCCGACGGAGGAAGAUUCGAAGGUCUGCGAACGGCGCGGUUCCUGAACUACACCACCACCUCCAUCGACGACGAUGUCUUCGAGCUUCCGCUUGAUGCGUUCGUGUCUUCACCGUUAGAUCCGGAUAAAUCACCCGUGAAAUUAUCGUUUUCCGGUUGGGGAUCGCCGUCGGUGAAUUGGAUCGAAUGGGUAAACGCGAUGGCGGAGUCCAACGCGGUGGUGUGGCGGAAAUCCGGAGUUUAUGACGCGAUCAUGGCGUCGCGGUACCAGAUAACGAAGCAGGAUGAUCUGAUGACGGCGCUGGUGGAGAAAUGGUGCAUCGAGACUAACUCUUUCGUGUUCCCUUGGGGAGAAGCGACGGUGACGCUAGAGGAUAUGAUCGUUCUCGGCGGAUUCUCGGCAAUCGGAAACAACGUUCUGGGUUCGAUCAAACGAGAAUCGAUGAAGUCGGUGGAGGAGAAACUGAAGAGAGCGAAACGCGAAAUCGAGGCCAAUUCGAUGAAGAAAUGCUGCGUUAGUUUGUGGAUGAGGGAAUUGAUGAACUCUGGGAAUGAAAUUGAGCAUGAAGCAUUCAUGGUCUCGUGGCUUUCCCGGUUCGUCUUCCCCAAUUCAGCUGAUCUCGUGAGAGACAAGCUCUUCACAGCUGCGGUCCAGCUCGCUAGAGGUGUUAGGCUCGCGCUGGCUCCGGCGGUUUUAGCCGGGAUUUACAGCAAUCUCGGAGUUUUAAAGAAGCAGCUCGUUGGUUCCGGAGAGGAAAUGGGCCAAAGUACGGUGGUAACUGCCACAUCUCCGUUUCAGUUUGUGCAGGUGUGGGCUUGGGAGAGAAUCAGCGAGCUCCGGCCACCGGGCCAGCCAAGCCAGUUAAAGCAUUACGAGCCAAGAAUGGCAAUAUGGCACCAGUACGGUGGUGGUCAGGAGUCGUCAAACCAGAGCCGCGAGAACAUCAGAGCGGUUCUUGAUUCGGCUAAGGAGAGUUUCGAUUACCGUCCAUAUACAAAGCCUUUGAAAAACUUCAGAUUCCCAAAGUUCUACUUAGAAGACGACUGUUGGGUGUCGCUGGAAGAUGAAGACAUUGUAGCGUUUGGCCGGUGUUUGAGGUGCUCUAAGCUGGUUGGUUUGAAUUUCAUCGAGCCUUAUAAUCCUCAUCGCGUGGCGUUGCAGUUUGGUUAUGAUCAGGAUGUUCCCGGAGUCGUCCCGGUGGAGAUAGAGACUCCAGAAUUGGCUUGGAAAGAUUACAUCCGGCCGAUUUCUGAUGAGAUGAUGUACAUUCCUUCUAGGCUCCACCAAGCUGAUGUUACGGUUAAGUACAUACGGUGGUGGAAACAGUCUGUUACAACGCUACAGUCAAUGGCUAAGAAAAGUUCCCAAAAGCUUCUGAAAGAGAAACCUGCAGUGACAACAACAACAACAACAACAAUGGUCAAGUCUUCUCCUCCAAGAACCUCUAAAACAUUAGGAGCAAAAGCAGAGUUGAAUGGAAGUAGCUCUGCAACAGGUUCAGAGAAAGCGGAUAAGCAAUCAAAGCCAUUGAAGAAGACUGAAUGGGUCAAGAAACCAUUGUCUGGGUUGACGAAGAGUCCAGGAAAAUCAGUGGAUCAAGUCAAAGAACAUAAAAGUUGUCCAAGGGGCUCUCAGGAAAUAAAGAGUCAUGGUCAUGUAAAGUUUCUGCUUCCUGGUUCGCCUGGUAGCUCACCAAAGACUCAUCAAUCACUCCCUCAAAAGCAAAUCUCCAAAAGUUCUUCUCCAGUCAUAAGACCAAAAGCAUUACCUGUUGUUCCUAAGGAAGAGAAAAAACACAUUAAGAAAGCUAAUUUGCCAACUUCAUCUUCUGGUUCUCCUUCUUUAACAAGCAAGAAGUCCCCUAGAAGAUCCACACAAGCUAUUAGUUCGAAUCGGCCUGCUCUUAAGGGAAAUGUUGCUGAUCACCGAAUCAAAGCUCACAUCAAACAAGAACCUUCAGAAGAAACUGGGUUUGUCGGCAAAGGAGGAGGUGAAGCGAUGCUGAAUGCACUAAAGCUUCUGGGUGAGAUAGUGAAAUUGGAGGAGCACGUAGGUGAAGGAGGUGAAGUUGUGUAUCAAAUUCCAAAACAACAAUUCGAGGUUUUGAGCCAAGGAGUGCAAGAUGUUCUACACGAGUUACAGUCUAUCAAAUCCGCAUUGAACAUCAGUAAAGCAUCAUCACUCUAA